GCUGCCGCGUGAUCGCCGGGGCCCCGUGACUCCGCUCGCCGUCUGUCGACAUGCUCGCGUCCCUGAAGUUCGCCGCGCUCUCGCUGGCCCUCGGCGUCUGCCUGGGGCUGCGGCGCGACCCCGCCGCCCACGACGCUGCGCCCGUCCUCCGGGCGUCCAAGUACGGGGCCCUGUGGCCCCUGCCGCGGCAAGUGCACACCUCGGAGGCUUCGCUCAAGCUGACGGGCUCCGGCUUCACAUUUGUCGACGCCAAGGAGUCCACCGCCGGGCCCAGCUGCAGCCUCCUGCAGGACGCGUACAGGAGGUAUUACGAGUACAUGUUCGGCCUCGCCAAAGGGCAGGGGCCGGGCCAAAGCAGCAGCAGCAGCAGGAGGAGGAGCGGCGCCGGCGAGCUGACGGAGCUGCAGGUGUGGAUCACGUCGCCCGACUCCGAGUGUGACGGCUACCCCGGUGUCACGUCGGACGAGUCGUAUGAACUGUCAGUGGACCAGCCAUUCGCUGUCCUGAAGGCACCAAAGGUCUGGGGAGCCCUGCAUGGUUUGGAAACGUUCAGCCAGUUGGUGUAUGAAGAUGAAUAUGGAGCCAGAAGCGUUAAUUCCACAACGAUUAGUGACUCCCCCAGAUUUCCACACAGGGGCAUCUUACUGGACACCUCUCGGCAUUUCCUGCCCAUCAAAGUCAUCUUGGCUAAUCUGGAAACGAUGGCGAUGAACAAAUUUAACGUUUUCCACUGGCACAUUGUGGACGAUCCAUCCUUCCCGUACCUGAGCCGAACGUUCCCACAGCUGAGCCAGAAGGGAGCCUACCACCCAUACACACACGUGUAUACACCGGCUGAUGUGAAGAUGGUGAUUGAAUUUGCCCGCCUGAGGGGCAUCCGUGUCGUCCCAGAGUUCGACACUCCAGGACACACACAGUCAUGGGGCAAAGGCCAAACAGACCUGCUCACACCCUGUUUCUCUGGCUCCAAACCCUCUGGCUCCUUCGGACCAGUGAACCCCAUCGUGAACACCACGUAUGACUUCAUGAGCCAGUUCUUCAAGGAGAUCAGCACUGUGUUCCCCGAUGCCUACGUUCACCUUGGGGGGGAUGAGGUGGACUUCACCUGCUGGAAGUCCAACCCGGACAUUACAAAGUUCAUGGCUGAGCAAGGCUUUGGACAAGACUACAGCAAACUGGAAUCAUUCUACAUCCAAAAACUCUUGGAUAUCGUCACCACUACCAAAAAGGGCUAUAUGAUCUGGCAGGAGGUCUUUGACAAUGGCGUUAAGCUGAAACCAGACACACUUAUCCACGUUUGGAAAGGAAACAAGCAACAAUACCAGGAUGAGAUGGCACAUGUUACAUCGUCAGGGUACCAGACCCUGCUGUCCACUCCCUGGUACCUGAACCGUAUCUCCUACGGCCAGGACUGGCUGGGCUUUUACAGGGCUGACCCGCAAGAUUUCAAGGGAACUGAUGCGCAGAAGAAACUUGUGAUUGGUGGAGAAGCCUGCUUGUGGGGAGAAUAUGUGGAUGCCACCAACCUGACACCCAGACUCUGGCCUCGUGCCAGUGCUGUGGCCGAACGGCUGUGGAGCGCCAAGGACGUGACGGAUAUCAACGACGCCUACUACAGACUAUCCAUGCACCGCUGUCGUAUGGUGGAGCGCGGGAUCCCAGCUGAGCCAUUGUAUCCCAGCUACUGUCGUCAUGAGUACAAAGGUAUCUGAAGUGAAGUGAAGAGUUGGCCAUGGGGACGGAAAGGGGAAAGGAAUCAAAUCCAUAUGUAAUCACCUCCAUGCCUGCAUUUUAAACUGAGAAAUCAAUUGCUGAACUGCCUUUGUAGAGAUACUGUAUAUUGACAAUGUAUUGCUACACCCAAACACAUGAUCUUUUUUUUUUUUUCAUCAGAACAUUCGAUCACAUUUAAUGCUAUAAAAAAACAUCCUGAAUUUGACUGCAAUGUUUUUCUAAAUGAAUGUUUGUAUAAUAAAAUGUUGACAUUUUAA